GCGGGAACGCGUCUAGUCUACAGCUUUCUUCUCCUUUAGCUUUCCUCUCUAAUCUCCUCUAUACUCUUGCUUCUCUCUCUCUUCUCUCUCUCUUUUUACAUCGGUGGGUGCUUCUCUCGUGUUCACUCUUCUUGAGAUCUGUGCUUGCGUUUCUUCUCCAUUCGACACUUUUGUUCGGGAGAUUUGCCGAUUUGCUCAGAAAUGGCGCCACCGAUUGAGAUUGCUGCCAAAAGCUAUGUUGAGAAACAUGUUGCACUUCCUACCCUUAACGAGAGGAUUCUUUCUUCCAUGAGCCACAGAUCAGUUGCUGCACACCCAUGGCAUGAUCUUGAGAUAGGACCUGAAGCCCCAAUCAUCUUCAAUUGUGUGGUUGAGAUAGGAAAAGGGAGCAAGGUGAAGUAUGAACUCGACAAAACUACGGGUCUCAUUAAGGUCGAUCGUAUUCUCUACUCAUCUGUCGUUUACCCGCACAACUAUGGUUUCAUUCCGCGUACUCUUUGUGAGGACAGCGACCCUAUUGAUGUUCUUGUCAUUAUGCAGGAACCAGUGAUCCCAGGUUGCUUUCUUCGGGCCAAAGCUAUUGGUCUGAUGCCAAUGAUUGAUCAGGGUGAGAAAGACGACAAGAUCAUUGCUGUCUGUGCUGACGAUCCAGAGUAUCGCCAUUACAACGACAUCAGUGAGCUUCCGCCUCAUCGUAUGGCUGAGAUCCGUCGUUUCUUUGAAGACUAUAAGAAAAACGAGAACAAGGAAGUAGCCGUUAACGACUUCCUUCCCGCAACAGCAGCCUACGACGCAGUUCAGCAUUCCAUGGAUCUCUAUGCGGACUAUGUCGUGGAGAACCUGAGACGUUGAUUUACCAACCCAACCAAAUGAAAUGAGCGAGCUUACAACUGCAUCACAUUUGUUUUCUUGACGGGUGUGAAUGUGUAAACACAACUAUAAAAUAUACAUUAAAAAAAAAUGUCAGGGUUCUCAAAGGAUAUAUUUGUGUAUGUCCUCUGAUGAAUCCGGUAGAUGAUGCCGAUAAUUCAAAGACCAAAAAUGGGAUUUUACCCAUUUGUGUUCUAUCACCUUUUUUUUUUUUUUUAAUUUUUGGAGUCAUUUUUCUAUAUCUUGAUUAAAUUUCUUUUGA